AUGGAACCGUUCACACCGAACCCGCGGCCGGGUCAGCGCCCGACACGGCUGAUCAGGCACCACGCGUGCGUGACGGCGCAGCGACGUCACGGCCCUGAAGGUCGCACCGCCCUUCGCGGCCGCGCCAUGCGCUACGUGCGCCUCCGCCCGCUCGCCGCUUGGCGCAUGCGCACCAUCCCCCCCCCCCCCCUUACCGCGCAGGGAGGGGCGGGGCGGCGCCGGCAGCAUGCCGGCUACGAGUUCGACAUCUGCUUCACCUCGGUACAGAAACGGGCGAUCCGUACCCUCUGGACCAUCCUGGAUGCCAUCGAUCAGAUGUGGUUACCCGUUAUCCGAACCUGGCGCCUAAACGAGAGGCACUAUGGGGGUCUCACCGGUUUGAACAAGGCUGAGACGGCGGCAAAGCACGGCGAGGCGCAGGUGAAGAUCUGGAGGCGUUCGUACGACAUCCCUCCACCUCCCAUGCAGUCCGAUCACCCCUUCUACAGCACCAUCAGCAAGGACCGUCGCUACGCUGACCUGACAGAGGACCAGCUGCCGACGUGCGAGAGCCUGAAGGACACCAUCGCCCGGGCUCUGCCUUUCUGGAAUGAGGAAAUUGUCCCGCAGAUCAAAGAGGGAAAGCGAGUCCUUAUUGCUGCCCACGUUCCUGGGCGAUGAGGAGACGGUGCGCAAGGCCAUGGAGGCCGUCGCUGCUCAGGGCAAGGUCAAGAACCAUCCCGGGAGCAGCGGGGCGAGCGCAGCGCGGGCAGCGACCAAGAUGGGUACCCCAUCCCCUCGUGGCCGAAGCCCGUCCUAGUCCUGCCCUCGUGCCCCAUCCCACGUCCGCGUACCCAGCCCUGUCGCUGCAGCCUCCCCCUCUGCCGGCGCCGCGAGCCUGGCCUUGCACGGGGUCAGCGUAACUGUCCGACAAUAGCAGCUGUCUCGUUCCGGUUCAAUAAAGAGUAA